AUGUCAUUCAGAGGCGGCGGUUUCCAAGGCAGAGGCGGUGGCAGAGGUGGAUUCAGAGGAGGAAGACCAGGUGGAGGAUUCCAACAAGGACCACCAGCCGAAGUAUUAGAAAUGGGUGAAUUCCAACACGCAGUUGAAGCUGAUAUGUUAUGCUCUUCAACCAACGCAGCUAAAGUACCUUACUUUAAUGCACCAAUCUACCUUCAAAACAAGAAUCAAAUUGGAAAAGUAGAUGAAAUUCUUGGACCAAUCAACGAAGUUUACUUUACAAUCAAAAUGCAGGAAGGAAUGGUCGCAACUUCAUUUAAAAAGGGAGAUAAAGUUUUCAUUGGUUCCGAUAAGCUUCUCCCUAUUGAAAGAUUCCUUCCAAAACCAAAGACUGAAGGUGCAAAGGUUGCGAAACCAGCACGUGGUGGUAGAGGUGGUGCUAGAGGUGGUGCAAGAGGUGGAUUCGGCGGUAGAGGCCGUGGUGCACCAAGAGGCGGUGGUGGAUUUAGAGGCGGUGGAAGAGGUGGUGGAUUCAGAGGCGGUAGAGGACGCGGAGGAUACUAG